CGGCUGCCGCAGCUCAGGGGCGGGGGUCGUCACCGUCGCUUUACCGGCCCGCGGCUCCCAGCUGGGGGAUGGCCGCGCCUCCCCGGGGCCGUGCGGAGGCGGCUCUCUGAUCCUCGGCGGGGCAGUCGGGCCUCGGGGGGUCUGCGGGCUGCAGACGGCCGCGCCUCGGCUGCAUGUCCCGGUCGGCGAGUCUCGCGGGGCCGCGCUGCCCGCAGGUUCCGAUGGCCGAGGAGGCGCAGGCUCGGCGGAUCCCGUCACUGCAGGAGCUGGUGCGGUUUGAGGAGGUGGCUGUGUACUUCUCGCAGGAGGAGUGGCGGCUCCUGAAUGAGACCCAGAGGAGCCUGUACCAUGAUGUGAUGCUGGAGAACUUCGCACUGGUUAGCUCACUGGGUUGCCUGAGUAGACUGAAGGAUAAGCAGGUGAGGAACUGCAGAGCCCAUUUGUCCGAGAAGCCCUUUAUGUGUGGAGAGUCUGAGAAGGAUGACCCGGUCCCCUUAGACCUCAUCAAGCACCAGGCCAUCCCUACAGAUGGGAAGCCACACAGCAGCACCGAGCCCGGGGACGCUCUCCCGCUCAGCUCUGAUCGUGAGCAGCAGCACGUAGUGCAUGAUACACAGAGCCCUUUCAAGUGCAGUGAAUGUGGGAAGGUCUUCCGGAAUACCUUUGCUCUCCUUGAGCACCUGAUAAGUCACUCUGGAGGAAGACCCUUCAGAUGCCCAGCAGGGAGAAGAACCUUCAGAAAGAAUUCAACUCGUAUUAAUCACAGAAAAAUUCAAAUGGGAGAAACAUCCCAUGUGUGCAACGAGUGUGGGAAAGCCUUCAGUUACCCAUCUAAACUGAGGAAGCACCAGAAGGUUCACACGGGCAUAAAACCUUUCCAGUGUAGUGAUUGUGGGAAAACCUUCAACCGCAAAGAUGCACUGACUCUGCACCAGAGGAUCCACACUGGAGAAAGGCCGUAUGAGUGCAGCAAAUGUGGGAAAGCCUUCAGUGUUCUGUCCACCCUCAUCCGGCACCGGAAAGUUCACAUUGGAGACAGGCCCUAUGAGUGCAGGGAAUGUGGCAAGCUUUUCAAAUACAACAACAGCUUCAUUCUUCACCAGAGGGUCCACACGGGAGAAAGGCCUUUUGAGUGCAAGCAGUGUGGUAAAGCCUACGUGACCCGCUCUGGCUUGUAUCAGCACUGGAAGCUGCACACUGGGGAGCGGCCCUACGAGUGCAGCCUGUGUGGAAAAACCUUCACGACCAGGUCCUACCGCAAUCGCCACCAGCAGUUCCACACGGAAGAGAGGUCCUACAAAUGUACAGAAUGUGGGAAAGCCUUCAAACAUAGUUCUACCCUCCUUCAGCACAACAAAGUCCACACUGGAGAAAGGCUUUAGAGCAGGGCACGUGGGAGAGCCUGUGGCUGACGUCUCCUUUCAGGAGGACAUUGAGAGCAGCCUUUGUGAGAGUGCCCUUUGAAAGAAGCUGAACCUUAUAUCUUGUUCCCAUGCCUGCCAGGUGUGUGGGAAGUUUUGGGGAGCUAUGUUGCACUCUCUGGCCUGCCCAAGGUUGUUAACAUCACUGCCAGUUUCUGUGACAGAAGCCAUCCCACCUCCAUCCCCUGGCAGUCACCAUGAUGUGUUCAGGGGUGGCAGACCUCAUGCUCCCUUCUUCUAAACAGGAGAGAAUUGUGACUAGCGGAGCCUAUAGGUGACCUUAUUUUCUCCCCUCAACUGGUCUAGGAGAAAGCAUGACCCAGUCUGGCUAAGAUGAGCUGAGCGAGUGUUUGGUGGGGGAAGGGUAGGAGUACUUCUAUGGAAGGUUUGCCAUUAUCACGGAUACACGUAGUAUUUGUCAUGCUGUGGCACAGACCAUGAUUGCUCUGGGAUGUGUAGUGAUAAAGAUACCUUUAAUAUUGGGGGUUCUAAUUCCUUUGUGUUGAGGGAUUGAGAACAGAGUUGGCCUCUGUCACCAGGCAUAGAGGGCCUAGAUUUUGUAUGUUGGAAGGGUGUCUCUGACUUUUUCCUGCCCUGGGACAGCAGGGUAGCAAAGACUAGGUGUAGUUAAGAUUGACCUAAUUUGCACUGGUGUCUGUCCUUCAGAAGGACUGGUAGGGUGGAUGUUCUUCAAGGUCCUGAGAAAGAAGAUCCUGUAGUCCUGGGACAUGGCAUUUGUAACCCAGCCCCUGCCCCUGGUGUCUGUGGACAGUGUGUCCUUUAUUGUUGCCUAGCUUUUGCUGCCACCCUCUGAAGCUCAGUGUGUGGAUCCAGAUUUGAUUUGUUGGACCCUUUGAUUUUAUUUUUACUUAUUUAUUUAUUUAUUGACAGGCAGAGUGGACAGUGAGACAGAGACAGAGAGAAAGGUCUUCCUUGUGCCGUUGGUUCACCCUCCAAUGGCCGCCGCAGCCGGUGCACUGCGGCCGGCGCAUUGCACUGAUCUGAAGCCAGGAGCCAGGAGCUUCUCCUGGUCUCCCAUGGGGUGCAGGGUCCAAGCACUUGGGCCAUCCUCCUCUGCACUCCCAGGCCUCAGCAGAGAGCUGGCCUGGAAGAGGGGCAACUGGGACAGAAUCCGGCGCCCCGACGGGGACUAGAACCCGGUGUGCCGGCGCCGCAAGGGAGGAUUAGCCUAUUGAGCCACGGCGCCGGCUUGGACCCUUUGAUUUUAAAGAUUUUAGAAACUAUUUCCCUAAAAGGUAAAUUGUCAGUUCAGCAAAACUUGUAUGUUGGAUGUCACUGUAUCUCUUAUGCCAAAAUUACACUUCCUGAGGAGAACAUUUCCUGAGAGUCAUGUUUGGGGUGAAAGCAGGAGAUCCCAGAUGGAGAGGCUUUGGACCAUAGUGAUCAGUUCAUGUAUUGGGAUAAGAACCACAACUGCUGCUGCUGCCUCUGCCCAGAGUGAUUCUUACUCAUUCUAUUGAUGACCACACCCAGACAAGCAGGCUUACAGGCAGGGGAGUUUGGGGCCAGUCUGCUCCAUUUCUCCCCAGCACCAUAAAGAUAUAUGCCUACCCCUAGUCUUGCUUUGGUCUUCCUGAGGUGUAAUAAUUAUUUACUUCCAACCUAGGGGUCUGUGUGGGAGCAGAAUUAAAGUCCAGCUGAGCUAUGUAGGGUAUAGGGUAGACACUGGUGAUUACAGCUCAAUCCUUUGUACCAUAUAUGAUUAGCUGUGGUUAGAGAUCAUAAAAUGCCCCCCCACCCCAGUAUAUGGGUUAUGGGUCCUCUCCACCUCCCAUGAAGCUGCUGCCUUGUGUCCUGCUGGGCUACAUAUAGAGCAGCCAACCUGCCCAGGAGAAGGUGGAAGGUAAUGUUUCCCUUGUAGAAGAAAGCUAGAACAAAGCCUGGUGACUGGCCCUUUUACCUGCCUAGGGUGCCAGUUUGGGUGGGGUUCAUUAAUUAUAUCACUUUCCGCUCAGACUUCUUGAAUUAGGGAUUCAAAAUUGGAAUUUUGGGAGGACACAAAUGAAAACAGUUCCCUUGAUGUGGAAGAUUUUCAGCUUUAAAGCCAAACUCCAUAAUUUAAUCAUCAUUAGCUACCAUAAGUUAGCAGCCGUAAUCAUUAAUGACCAGGGUUGGUGGGAAAAGUGGAAAAAAGCCUGAGAAAGACUUUGCUAUUAACUGGAAAAGGAAGUAUACUCAUUAAUUGCUUAUGCAUCUACUUGUUUAUUCAUCAAGUGUUG